GUGGCAGCAGCAUGUACUAUUUGGUAUUGCUAUUAAUAGAUGCCUCUUUCCUUGUAUAUUUCAGGGAGCCCUGUUCGUCGUGUACCUCACACCUCACAGAAUUCGAAGGCGUAACUCCAAGCUCGCUGGCUCAGAAGAAGAGUGAUCUUUAUUAUUAAGGGUUUGCUACGUAAGUCGUGAGCUGAAAGCUCGGAGACAAAUCCUUAUAAAAUCAUCUGGUUUUACCUCACUUCUCUCUCUUCUUCUUCUACAGAGCCUUAAAAAAUGGCUGGAAAUGAUUCUCUCUCAGACUUCCUCGCAUCUGCUAUCGAUGCAGCGAAGAGAGCUGGCGAGGUAAUUCGUGAGGGGUUCUAUCAGACAAAACAUGUGGAGCAUAAAGGCGAGGUGGAUUUGGUUACCGAAACCGAUAAGGCAUGUGAAGAUAUCAUAUUUAGACAUCUCACCCAGCUUUACCCCACACACAAGUUCAUUGGUGAAGAAACUACUGCUGCCUCUGGUGCUGUGGAUUUGACUGAUGAACCGACUUGGAUAGUUGAUCCAGUGGAUGGAACCACUAACUUUGUUCAUGGGUUUCCUUUCGUAUGUGUUUCCAUUGGUCUUACAAUUGGAAAGGUUCCUACAGUGGGUGUCGUUUACAAUCCAAUAAUGAAUGAGCUUUUUACUGGAAUCCGUGGAAAAGGUGCUUUUCUGAAUGGAAACCCUCUAAGAAUAUCAUCUCAAGCAGAACUUGUGAAGUCUCUCCUUGUAACUGAGGUGGGUACCCAACGUGAUAAGUCGACAUUGGAUGCCUCAACAAACAGAAUUAAUUGGCUACUUUCCAAGGUGAGAUCGAUUCGGAUGACUGGCUCUUGUGCAUUAGAUCUCUGUGAAAUUGCACGUGGAAGGCUUGACCUAUUUUAUUUAGUCGGCUUUGGGGGUCCUUGGGAUGUGGCAGGUGGUGCUGUGAUUGUAAUAGAAGCUGGAGGACUUGUGUAUGACCCAUCUGGUAAAGAUUUUGACAUCACAUUCCAGCGAGUAGCAGCUUCGAACCCUUAUGUCAAGGAUGCAUUUGUUGAGGCUUUACAGUACUCAGAAUGAGAGACACAUACUUGAUCAUUGAAAUCUGGGAUAUUGCUAAUUCAUUCAAUAUGGUUUAGUUUAAUUCCUAUGUUCCAAAUGGGAUGCAUUUUAUGUCUUCCUAUUUUCCUCACUUUCCUAGUCAAGUGCUCUCUCUUGUAUGCACCCUGUGUACUUGGGUUGCACCCCUCUGCACUAUUAAUAAAUUGACCCGACUUAUAAAAAUUUCCAUGUUCCAAAAACCAUUAAUAGUAUGCUUUCUAUUAUUCUAUCA